UUACAUCUAGUGAUUUUUACAUAGUUAAUGCCAGAGUCAAUUUCCUCAAGAAAAGAACAAGAACGAACCUUAUUGUCGUUUAUCCCAACAACCGAAAACAUGGCCGAGCAAGAAGAAACUCAAAAGAAGAAGAGGACUUUCCGAAAGUUCACCUUUCGGGGAGUUGACCUUGAUCAACUUCUGGAUAUGCCAAAUGAGCAACUUUCGGUUUUGAUGCAUGCUCGUGCUCGAAGACGAUUUGCCCAUGGUAUGAAGCGUAAGUCUAUGGCUCUUGUGAAGAAGCUACGUAAGGCAAAGAAGGAAACACCGCCAAAUGAAAAACCAGAGAUUGUCAAGACUCAUCUGCGUAAUAUGAUUAUUGUACCAGAAAUGGUUGGAUCUAUUGUUGGUGUAUAUAAUGGCAAAACAUUCAAUCAGGUGGAAAUCAAACCAGAAAUGAUUGGCCAUUACUUAGGAGAGUUUUCGGUUACCUACAAACCUGUAAAACAUGGUAGACCAGGUAUCGGUGCUACUCAUUCCUCACGAUUUAUUCCACUUAAGUAAUUUGUAUUCUUACAAAUAUAAGAUGUAAAACCUA